UUUAACUGUCAUUUAUGAAAUGAUUUUAUUGCUUUCGAAUAUUUUCUUAACAGAAGUUGCCUAAUGUUAAAUUUUCUGUACAUUUUCUUUGGUUGUUGGAAGAACGUUUUAAAAAACUCCUGGUUAGGCCUGAUGAAGAGAUAUGUUUGACGGGACCAUAUUGCUUUAUUUAAUUGUUUUUGUUUUUGUUGUUGUUUUUGUUUUUAAGAAAACACUGAAGUGCAAGUUAGCUCACAGCGGAAAUUGGAUGCGUUAUAGUAUGAAGUUCAGUUAGACGUUCAGUUAACCAAAGCGUACGGAUUGUACAGCUUUUUGGAUUUGGGGGCGUUUUUUCUUAUAAGUAGGCCUAUGCGUUAUUAAAUGUCUCUGAAGUUUUCUUGUUGACUGGUUUGAUAAGGGGAAGUUAGUUGUUGUUUUUUUGGAAUCAGCUUAAUGAUUAGGAAAUGAAGGUAUUGCAAUAGGCUAUGUAGCAACAUAAUUUACCCUGUAGUAAUAAUAUGCUACUUUAAUCAACUUGUUAUAGGCUAAGUGAAUAAAAGCAGCAGAGAAUGAAAUAUUUAAGAGAACUUGUGGAACUUUCUGUGCCCCGGAAGUUCUCGUGUUAAACAGCUCUGUUCUCCAUUCUAACUUGAGUUGGGACUUUAUUAUUUUGCCCAUGCCUGUAGUUGUCUGUCCUGGAUCUAGUGUUUACUGGAUGCCGUGUUAAUGUUUAAUGUCCGCUUUCCGAGCCGUAGUAAAAGGCUGCAGUUUCAAAGGACAUCGAUAAGGCGCUUCUCGGCGUUUCCUUAGAGCCCCAAGGGAGGUUCUUAACCACCGAGCUCAUAAAAUGGCUUUGCCCGCAAAUAGACGAUUCAGAUCGGGUGGGAUCGAGGUAGCCUGUGGUCGGUAAACACAGGAAAGCAAAGGCACGCUGAGUCGGAGCCCCGGACAAUCGGCUUUGCAGGAAGCUCAGCGUGUCCGGCCCCCUGCUGUUUGCACUUCGGCAAUCGGCGACGCGCAAGAUUGGACCAGAUCACUGUGACUCCACUCUACCCCGUGCUGGAUGACAUAGCAAAAUUCAGGGAGAAUCACCAUCAACAUGUCUACCCAGGAGGCACAAGGCCACCUCAUCUCCCCGGAGAUGCCUGCCGUGUUCGACGGGAUGAAGCUGGCUGCCGUGGCCACUGUGCUCUAUGUCAUCGUUCGCCUUCUGAAUCUGAAGAGCCCCACGGCCCCCCCCGACCUCACUUAUCAGGACACGCCCCUUAACCGCUUCCUGUUGAAGUCCUCCCCCCUACUGACCAAAGACUACAUUCCACCUCUCCUCUGGGGCAAAAGUGGGCACCUGCAGACGGCUCUGUAUGGGAAGUUGGGGCGGGUCAAUUCACCCCAUCCACAUGGGCAGCGGAAGUAUUUACCCAUGCCAGAUGGUGCCACCGCAACCUUUGACCUUUUCGAACCACUGGCUGACCACCUGACAGGAGAUGAUGUUACCAUGGUGAUAUGCCCUGGAAUCGGUAACCACAGCGAGAAGCAUUAUGUCCGCACCUUUGUGGAUUACUCCCAGCGGCAGGGUUACAGGUGUGCCGUUUUGAAUCACCUGGGCGCCCUGCCCAACAUCGAGCUGACUUCGCCUCGCAUGUUCACCUAUGGCUGCACCUGGGAAUUCUCCGCCAUGGUCAGCCACAUCAAGAAGACCUUCCCAGAGACCCAGCUCGUGGUGGUGGGCUUCAGUCUGGGAGGCAACAUCGUUUGCAAGUACCUGGGGGAAAACCACGCCAACCAGGAGAGGGUGCUGUGCGGCGUCAGCUUGUGCCAGGGCUACAGCGCCCUCAGAGCCCAGGAGACGUUCUUCCAAUGGGACCAGUGCCGAAGGUUCUACAAUUUCCUUAUGGCUGACAACAUGAAGAAGAUCAUCCUCGCUCACAGGAGAAGCUUGUUUACUGGGUCCUCUAGCAAGAUGACGGAUGCAGACCUGGGUCACCUGUUCACAGCCACCUCGCUCACGCAGAUCGACGACAACAUCAUGAGAAAGUUCCACGGCUACCGUUCAUUGAAGGAGUACUACGAGAAGGAAAGCUGUGUGCAUUACAUUCACAAUGUGGACGUACCCUUGCUGCUGGUGAACUCUGCCGAUGACCCUCUGGUGCACAACUCCCUGCUCACCAUCCCCCGCACGCUCGCAGAGAAGAAGCAGAACACCGUGUUUGCCCUAACUCUGCAUGGAGGCCACCUGGGCUUCUUCGAGGGCGCUGUGCUGUUUCCACAGCCGCUCACCUGGAUGGACAAGGUGAUCGUGGAGUACGCCAACACCAUCUGCCAGUGGGAGAAGCGGAAGCAGCCAUGUGGGGGUGCGCAGGGCGAUGAGACCGAGUGCUCGGAGGACUCCUCCUAACCCCGCCCCCUCCGUCUCUCUCCUCUCCCCUCCCCCCUUUUUCAUUGGCUCUCACAAGGCCCACUGCUCUGCACUUCCACCGUGUCAUGGUGGCUGUGAGGUCACUGCCAAGUCUGGUAAGAUGUUACGUCUCCAGCUUGGUGACUGAACUGUGAGGGCAGGGGGGAGGCCAGGCUGGCUUUGACCAGGAGGGCUCCGUCGGGAACCUGACUACGUCACUCAAGCCUGUUGGGUUUGGUGGCUUCACUCGUGGUGUCCUGGACUUCUCCUUCAUGAAGACUGUUCUGACAGACAGGGUAAUGGGGCACAAACAAACGGCUUGACUGCAGCCAGUUGCUUUAACCGAGCUGAGCUCCUUUCAGCAAAUCCUGCAGGAUCCAGAGUCUUUCCCAUAAUGCCUUCAAUGAACCCCUAUCCCCCCCAAAUUCAACGUAAAGUGCACUUAAUGCUUUUUAUUUGACUGGUGGUGGGGGUGAGCUGAGGAAUUAGAUGGAUCCAUCAGCAUCCCUGAAUAUCCCCUCUGUCAUCCGAAAAAAGCACCUAACAGAUAGAUAUCGCCUGACGCAAAGGGAGGUGACAUGUGAGAGUGUUUGUCUGUCUCUGAGCAGGUGGGGGGGGGGCAUACUUCCUAAGUUGUACUGUACUCAGCUGACUAUGAUGUUUUUAAAGCUCUUGGUGUGUGAGCCUUUGUUUCUUCAGUUAGCUAGCUUCCAUCUGACUGAAACUGGCUUCCGAUUUAGCUUAUUAUUCCAUUUUUUUGAAGAUGCUACUUUUCAGACCAAGUUGCACAACUCAUGGUUAAAGGGGUGGUCCAGCGGGAGAUUAGCCGGGCCCAUUUUUUUUUCUUCUUUUGUUUUUUGAAGCGCGCAGGACAGUCUAGCCCUUAUGCUGUGGUCUGCUUUGUGUGGUCAUUGCUGUUUAGCCAAAAACGAAACCAAAUGGUUUUUUUUCUCCUUAAUAACGCUGCACCUUUGUGUGGGUUUGAGGAAAGGGGGUGUUUUCGGCAGUCGUGAGGAAUUUCUGGUGUUCUGACGUGAAGGAAAAGCAGCACAGAAGAAUGACUGUUAAACCGAGAGCGUUGCAUACGGCUGAAGGGCUUGCUGUUCCGCGCUCCGGUUUCUCUCGCAUCUCGAUCUCCUUGUCGCCAAAGAGCCGUGGGUGUUUGUCAGAGAGUGUGCAUCUUCAAGCCGAUUAUUUAAUGUUUAAGCCGGCAAUUAAACAGCCAUAUCUUUAUUACAAUUCAAGCUUUAUUUAAAUUAACCUAUUUUCAGUAUAAGCAUUAUGUAAAGUGAAUGUAUCUGUGCAUGUCUGUGAAGGGGAGUUUGACAAUCCGUUAGAUUUAAAACAAAAAUUGCUGCUGGUAGCUUAAAAUGAGACAAUUCAAUUUAAACAAAAUAUUUUUACGUCAAGCAAGGUGUGUGAGUUUUUGUCUUUGAAAUCUUGUUAAAUAUGAAAAACACCGGAUUCAUCAUUAUUUUUUUUUCCCUCUGAAAUUAUUCUAAUAUUAAAUUUUCAUUUAAUAUACAACAAGUGGACACAGCAGGCUAUAAGAAAGGGUUUUGUUUUUGUCUGUGUUAGGUGUCCUGUGUCUGCCCCCUAGUGUCAGUAAUGUAUAGUAACACCCACCAAAGAGUGUUGUGUAUCAUCAACAGUGGCACCUUUAGCCCCCAAGCACACAAGCUGUCAUCCUCAUGAUUUGCUAGUCAGUCAUCCUGUUAAUGUACUACCAUUAAGUCUCCUUUAUUUCCCUUGCUCAGUGUAUGGGACCCUCCUAUCAGUUGUUUAUGACAUUUAUCUGAAUUAGUUGCUGUUCAUGCUGUUAUAGAUUUAUAUGCAACUUCACUAUUUAGAAUGGUUUUGUAUUUUUAAAUAAUCUUUAUUACUUGUAUACAUAUUUCGUGUGUGUGUGUGUGUGUGUGUGUGUGUGAGUGUGAGUGUGAGAGAGAGAGAGAGAGAGAGUGUGUGUGUGUGGUCUCUUUCUGUAGUAAUUCAUGUCUCGUGUCUUCGUUGAUUCAGAUGAAGGGGACCAGUGACGAUCUUUUCGAUGGGUGGUGGUCUUAUUUUUCCUUAAGACUUUCCCCCUUGGUGUAUCCUAAUGGAAGACAGUUUGUGGGCUGGGUCACAGCUCACGUAGCAGCAGUGUGUACAGAAACCAAUUUACCAUGCGGUGCGUGUGACAGUGAAUGUCGAAAGUCUCACUGUGAGCUUUAAGCCUUUUAGAAGUCCUUGUCUACUAACUGCAGGUGUAUGUACUUACGUGCUGGAAUAGGAUGGUGGCUUGCUGAGAUUUAAAAAAAUAUAUAUAUAUAUAUAUAUAUAUAUUUUGAUGACAUUUACGUUGGGCCCUUUGCCACUGUCUCGGGCGUCUUUGCCUCGCCUGUGCUGUACAGCUGCAUUUGUCAGUCAGCCGUAGACUAUAAGCUGCUCCGUUUCCAUGGACCACAGAGCUGUUCCGGAGUCUCCAGUCCACCUGCCUGUUCAAACACUGUGAUGGUCCCAUUUUUUAACAACCAUUAAUAUAACAACAUACUGUGGCCUUAUCUUUGCUUUUGUAUUUCUCAUAUAUUUGAGUCAUGACAACAUCUUCGGAGGGGUGACAACCUCACAAGGCGUGGCUUCAGGUCACAGGUGGUGUGUGAGGUAUAUCUCUGGGAUGAGGGGGAGGACUGUACAAUAAUUAUAUUCUGAAAUAAAAUUUUUCUUGUA